GCUUUUCUGCGUUCACUCCCCGCCAAGUUAUUCAUUCAAAUCUUGUUCCCUUGUCAUCUCUGACUAUUCCGUCUAUAUUAUUUCGUGCUACUUACUCGUCUAAGAAUCCAGGUUCUGUCAUCGUGAUUAUCUCAUUCAGCCCUCGCUAACGGCUUGCAUGGUGGCUUAUAGAAGGCGACGCCAAACACACAAGGCUGGGUCGACAUCGCCUCACCUGCUGGCGAGACUCGCGAUAGAGGCAUCGGUGAUUGGAGCCAAGGCGAAAUACAAGCCGCUGUUGGGCGGCCUGAGUAACACCUGGAGACUUGGCCGGGCGUCUGAUGACGGAGCUUUAUUAACCUUCAUGCCCUCUCAAGUAGUCUCAGCCAGCCUUCAUGGCAUCCUGUCUUCCCAUAUUCAGCAAGCAUAAUGUUUAGUCUCAUUACAUUCCUCCUCGUCUCGUCAGUGUCACUAUCCAUCGCGCAAAGAGACCCGCUCAAGGAGUUCUGUCGCAUUCACGGCCACCAAACUUCAAUUGUCGAUCGCAGGCUGUACAUCGAUGGAGGUCUCGUCAACUGGUCGCCUCUCUCAGCCGAGUCCAUCAACUAUACUAGUACAUGGCUGAGAUAUGGCGACCUCGACGUAGACAAUGAAGGCUUUCCCCAGAACUACCUCCUAGCGAAGAACGAAUCCGUCCCUUCUGUCCACGGCGGGGUGCUAUGGCCGGACGCUUCCAAUAAGAUUGUCUAUCUAUACGGCGGCGAUUAUGGCAAUGACAAGCCUGAAGACUUCAGGCUAUGGUACUAUGAUAUCGUUUACGAUAGCUGGAACAUGUCCAAUGCGAGUACAACGGAUAUACGGCGGGCUGCUUGGGGUGGCGGAGUCGCCGUGCAAGAUUACGGGAGGGGUUAUUACUAUGGCGGCUGGCUGACGAAUGCGUCUGUUCCCGGGUACCAACCACGUACAGCUUUAAAGAACAUGCUUGUCUAUGAUAUGGUUGCGAAUACAUUCAGGAACCAAAGCGGCCCGGACGACAUUCCACGAGCAGAAGGAGUGAUGAUAUACCUACCCGUUGGAGAUGGCGGUUUUCUAGUGUACUUCGGAGGGAUCCAAUUUCCUUAUGGAAAUGACACGACAGCAGCACUUCCAAUGACUGACAUCUUUCUUUUCGACAUCGCCAACGACAAUUGGUACAAGCAGACUGCAAGCGGCACAGAAAUUCCCGGGGACCGGCGAAGAUUCUGCGCUGGGGCUGCGUGGGCCGAUGAUCGCUCAUCUUACAAUAUCUAUCUCUACGGCGGCGCGUCGGUAGGAGAUGGUGUUGGUUAUGGAGACGUUUGGAUUUUGAGUCUCCCGUCUUUCACGUGGAUCAAGUUCUAUCCGACAGAGGCAGACGGUUUCGGUGACCCUUAUCCUCAUCACUCACUCACGUGCGACGUUAUCGAAAACUCACAAAUGAUCAUCAUGGGAGGAUCCUUUCCGAAUCACACCGAUAACUGCGACGUUCCCUCUAUCUACGGCCAACAUGGUCUGGAUCUCGGCAAGGCGAACUCUGAAGGAGCGAAAUGGGCCAAAUUCGACCCUAACGUUACGAUGUACAAUGUUCCGACAGAGAUCGCCCAGUCGAUAGGGGGCGGAGCGUCAGGCGGGGCAACUGUGCUCGCUCCAACCGGCGGCUGGGCGCACAGAGACUUGCAGGCAGAGUUCGAACGGCCUUAUACGCCGACAACCAGGACGCCGACGCGACACAUCCCCACCCCGACCGCUGCUACAUCCUCCGCCGCAGCCGGGGCUGGGGGCUCGAAUAAGAAGACUAUCAUUGCUGGCGCCGUGGGAGGAGUCGUGGGAGGCUUACUGUUGGUUGUCGCGGUGGCCGUCAUCUGCUUGUGUGUUCGCCGCCGUCGGAGGGCCAAUGACAAUGACAGGCGUCCUCCAUCAGAGCUCCCUUCACAACCUAUCUCCAACAUGGCCGGCCCUCCGGUGUCGACUCAACAUGACUCCUAUCUCUCGCCAAGCGUUACUGCGUACUCACAUACGCCUCAAGGCUCGCCGAAACCCCCGUCAGACCCAGCGUGGUCACAAUAUGGUCCCGCAACGCCUGAGUACCCUCGCUCUCCUGGCAUCCCCGAUAAGAGCGGCGUAGUCCACGCGCAUCAUCGCAGUCUAAGCGAUCAGAGCUACAACCACUCUUUGCAAUCAUCUCCUGUCGGGUAUCAUGAUCAGCCAUCCCGUUCACCAGUCGGCCUGGCACAGGAGCUGCCUAAUGUGAGGUCUCCACCGGCGCAGGAGAUGCCGAAUGUAAGAUCGCCAUUGAGUGUCGGCAUCCAGCCGAAGCCGCAAGCGGCCAAUAUUAUGGGGGUAGAUCCGUAUUACGCUCAACAUCCGCCCAGAGGAGCUGGAACUUAGGGGAUGCCCCAGCCCGGUUAAUGAAAGCUUUUCUUACAUAAUGCGGUACGCUUUUGAUGCAUCUGGGUUACUUGUAGUUUGAUAAGGG